AUGACGCAUGCUGAUUCGCUUGCUUUACCACGUGAGUGCCACCCAGAUUCUCUCACUGGCACGGGACCGCUUCGCUGACUGAGCGCGUUGCGAAACCCCCGUUGGAUCACCUCAUCGCCGGGACUCCCUGCCCGACCCACCCGCUUCGCGAACUCUCUUACAGCGAACCUGACCCUCUCCGAAUUCUACCAACACGCCACCACGACCCUUCAAGCCCUGCUCGCGACCUCUUCCCCAGGAUCGGGGGAGAGCGCGCUCGUGACGUGUUGUGCGAACGCUUCGUCCUUGCUCUUUGGACUGUUUGAGAAUCACCCUCAAAAGUGGGGGACCGAGCCGGGAAAGAGGGUCAAUUGGUGUGGUACGUUCACAAAUCGAGUUCACCCUCAGCUAUCCUCCAAAUCAGCACUUGACGCGAUCAUCACUAACCCCGGAUCGCUCCCCAAACCUCACAGGUUUUUACCUCCUCCCCACCCACCUAAUCCCACACCACCGUACCACCGACUCCCCGCCAACCAAACUCUUCCUAGGUCCCUUCCACGGUCGACCAGCCUGCUCCUUCGUCCCCUUAACGAGUCGCACCCCAGGCGUCUGCGCCUCCGCCUUCCUCUCCCAAACCGUCCAACUCGUUCCUAACGUCCAUGAAAGACCAGGGCAUAUCGCUUGCGACGCGGUCACACAAUCCGAGAUUGUUUUACCCGUUCGGGAUGCGAGCGGGGAGGUGGUAGGUGUGUUGGAUUUGGAUUGUGAGGCCGUUGAAGGGUUCGGAGAGGAGGAUCGGAUAGGUUUGCUAGGCUUCGUCGAGGCGUUUGAGAGAUGCGUUGAUUGGGGGCCAAGAGUUUGA